AUGGACCCAGGUGGUUCUACAUUUGAUUUAACAGCUCCAGCCUAGUUUUUAUAACCUAAAAUUAAUGUUAGCAAACAGGCUGAGUAACCGAUCAACAAGCCUUAAAAGGAUGUAUGGAAUGUAUAUAUAUAAAGCAGUUACAACAAAAAACACAAGCUUCAAAUUCAAAACUACCUUAAUUAAACAGCAUUUAGAAUGUGGCGAAAGGUUCAAACUAAAAGUAGACUUAGCAAGUGCAAUAAUCAUCUCCGAAGCCAAUCUAGAAGGCUAAAAAGAUAGAUUUGUUUCGAGAUGCAUUGUCAUAGGCAACAACAAAAUAUUUACGUAUCUUGUAUUUUGACCAUAGCUCCUGGGAAAAAGGAGAAGGAUAAAACGCAAAAACCUAAACCACAAUAAGAAUUGCAAUAGCAAUAGAUAGAGGAGAUCAAGAAGGAAUAUGAGGAUUUGGUGCAAAAUCAUUAUAAGGACUUAUACGGGCAUGUUGCGAAUGAUCAGUAAAAGAGUUUGCAGGAUCUACAUAAUAAGCGAAUAGUUACUGCGUUGUAGGAUUUGGAAUCCAGACCAAAAGUUUAGAAUGCUCUUGAGAAAAAGGAGGAACAAAUCAAUAAGCAAAGGUUGUAUAAGGAUAGACUACUGUAUGAAAUCAAGUAGAUGAUCAUAAAGAGCCGAAGACUGGAUGAAUUAUUGAAUGAUUUGGUGUUGUAAAAUGAGGAUACGGUUAAGGAGACAAUAGAGGAGUUGUUGGAGAAGGAAUAAGUGUAGGAAGAGAAGAUGGCGAAAUAAACUUAUGAAAUCGCUAAGUUGAGAGACAUGUAUUUAAAAAGAAGUAUUUUCAAUUUGAUAACGAAGGGAAACUAUUAUUGGAAGUGUAAAAAUAAUGUCAAAUAACCUAUGAUGGAUUAAAAAUCAAAUAUUAAUAAUAUGAAGCAUCUUCUCAGAGUAUGAUGAGUAGGAAGAAGCAAUUGGAAUCGUUAUCAAAGAUAGUUGCAAAGUAUCGAAGUGAAUUUUAGAGUUAACAGAACUUCUUUGGAGCCAGUCUAAGAGGGAGAUUUGAUCCUAUGUUGGAGGAGAUAUUGGAGGAUGAACUAUCCAAGUGUGGUGAUGAAUAGGCCUUGGAGAUCGUUUAGUAAGGGGAAAAGAAAAUUAUAGCCAUCAAGGAAGAUAAUGAGAAGAGGAAGAGGGGGGAACAGAAAGAUAAAGCCAAAUUGGCAAUUGAGAAUGCGACUUAAAAUAUUAAUAAGCAAAAAUAGGAUAUACAAUAGGAAUUGGAGAAAAAAGUACUUUUGUUAAUAUUCUAAUUAGAAAUAAAUGUUCUAAAAAUUAAGAGUAGUUACUAGUAUUUCAAAUUAAGAGAUCAUGAAGAAAUAUAAAUUAAAUAUGGAUUUAGAUUAACAGGAAUUAAAAAACAUUCAAGAAUAUGUUGGCAAAGAAAUUGAAAGAUACGAAAGAUAAAAUGAAGAAUUAAGGGCAGAAAUCAAAAAAUUGAAAUAUGAGUAGGAGAAUUCAAUAUUAGAUGCUCAAAUAAAUUUGGAUCAAUUGGAAAGAGAUGUGACUAAAUAAUAGGAUUGUUUGUCAGAAAAAGAGAAAUAAGUCAAAAAAGUUGAAAAAUCGAUAGACGAAGUGACUAUGUCCUUAUCUAGGAUUAUGUAUCAAUUAAGUGGUAAAGGAAUGAAGGCAAAAAAUAUCGAAAUUAAAAGGUCUGCUUUAGUAGCAACAGCCUCAACUAUUUAAUUACGUUUGGAAAGAAUGCUAACAGUGUUGUCAAAAACACAAGAAUUUUUAAAUGAAGAAUCUAUUAACACGAAUCCAAGAUACAAUAAGGUUGAAGAUUUUAUUUGUUUGAAUCCAAAGGUAGUAUAAAUUAAUCAAUUUAGAGUUACAUAUCUUAAGAAAUUAAUGAGUAAGUUGAGGGUAACAUAAAGUUUGUGUAUAAGGAAGAGGAGAGCUCUGAUGAAGAUUGCAAAGAUAUGGAUGAAGUUAGAUAAUAAGUAAAAUCGAAAGCUUAAGAAGAUAAACCGUAAGUAGUUGUAGUACAAAAGAAAGAUAAAAAACCUAAGUGA